GUUAAAUUUACAAUCUAAACACGGUGAUGGUUACAGCCUACCAAUGCUAUAUAUAAAAUUGCACAAUUAAUGUCAUUGACUCAUACGGUAGGAGGCCGAGCGAAAACGAAAUAAGAUUAAAAUGGCACAACUCAGGCGUUCUCGGGCAACAUGGUUGGCAUUCCUUAUCAUUUGUGUAAUGAAUGUUAAGAACGGUAUUGCUGAUCUUUGUAUAGACAAUGCUAUCUAUUGUGAUGUUCUGACUUCAAUAUGUAACAAUGAAAUCGAUCCUGCUACCUCUCUUCCUUCAUGUAUUUGCUUGCAAGGAUAUGAAAAGGAUAAUUUCGAUGUAUGUGUCCCAGAGGACCCAUGUCUUGAUCCUUUGAUUAACAUCUGUAAUGUAAAUGCUGACUGUCUCCCAACUGGACAAUUGGGUGGUUUUGUAUGUAGUUGCUUUCCGGGAUUUGAAGGGGACGGCUAUGUAUGUA